GUGCGGGGUUUGUGUAAGGUAGGAGUAAUAAAUGCUGUUACAGUUGAAGCCUGUGCGUGAUUUGGGAAGCAGUGCCUCGAAGUGGGACGCGUGUUAAACUUGGGUUGCGCGACACUGUCUUUGACCGACAUGGAUGAAGGUGUUUCCAAGAAACGUAAGCUUCGCGAUCUUCAGGGGGAAUCAUCUCGUGUUUCGCGUAGCGGAUCUUCCGCGUUAAAUCUAUCAGUGGGGGCGAAAAGACGCCGAGCAAAUGGGACUUUGCUAUCUAACCCGUCAACGCUGAACCACGAGAACGACGCAACAAAUAUUUGCCACGGGAAUCUUAGCCCACACUGCGAUUCAAACAAAUUCAAACUGAUCAACUACGAGCAGAGAAAGCUAGACUUUCACCAAAUUGAAGAGGACCAUAACGUGACGGAUCAGACUUCCGCCUGGCUGAAACUGGACUGCGACGGAGCUGAUCGAGAACUUGGGCGAGACCAAUGGGACCUCAACUCAACCAAUCCAAAUCUCGACCAAGAUGACCGACAUCGCUCUUCAGGAACCUCAGACCGCCACCAAACGUCCCCGAAACCGUCGCUCGCCCCAGGCCCGCAGCCCGAAUCGACCGCCUCCGCCGUGCUUAGCAUCGAACUGGCGAUGAUUUCCCAGUUGCCGGCCGCCGAGUUCGUAGGCGGCAAAGUGACACACGUCUACAACCCACUGGCCUACGCCCACGCACCACACGCCGACUACGUGCGCCGCUACGUCGACCGCGGCGCGCGCUGCCUGCUGGUCGGCAUGAACCCCGGGCCGUGGGGCAUGUCGCAGACGGGCGUGCCGUUCGGCGAGGUGGCGGCCGUGCGUGACUGGCUCGGGGUCGAGGGGCAGGUGCUGCCACCUGCCGGUGAACAUCCGAAGCGACCUGUCACCGGCCUGCUGUGCCCCAGGAGCGAGGUCAGCGGGCAGCGCUUCUGGGGGCUGUGGCGCGACCUGUGUGGCACGCCGGACCGCUUCUUCCAAAACGCGUUUGUGUACAACUUCUGCCCGCUGGCGUUCAUGGAGCGCCAGGGAAAGAACGUGACUCCCAACAAUCUGCGCCUGCCUCUGAGGAAGAGGAUAGAGGCCGUGUGCGGUGAUGCCUUGGCGCGAGUUGUGCAGGUGCUGCGGGUAGAGACGGUGAUCGGGGUAGGCAAGUACGCCGAAGAGCGGGCCAGGGAGGCACUGCGGUCGGCCCAGCUGGACAGCGUCCGCGUGUUCCCACUGCUGCACCCCAGUCCAGCUAACCCACAGGCAAACAGGGAUUGGAAAGGCGUGGCCACCAGACAGCUGAAAGAGGCCGGCCUGCUCCAGCUGCUGACGUCAUCAGGCUGACGUCUUCAGACAGCUGGCUGAGGCCGGCCUACCGUGGCU